GCACCAUCCUCAAUUGCACCACUCAACCUACAAUCUACUCAGCCUACAUACAAUUGGCAGUGAAAAUGUCCGUCACAACCAAAGCAACAAUCGCCUCCUUCGGCGGCAAACUGCUCAAACUCAGCCACGAUGCGACCUCCACAAAAUGCGAAAUGAACUUCAACCUCUUCCUCCCCCCGCAAGCCCAGUCGUCGCAGAAAAUCCCGCUCCUGAUUUACUUGUCUGGCUUGACGUGUACCGCGGAUAAUUGCUCUGAGAAGGGCUUCUUCCAGCAUGGUGCUAGUAAGCAUGGGAUUGCGGUGUUGUAUCCGGAUACGAGUCCUCGCGGCCUAAACAUCGAAGGCGAAAACGACGCAUACGACUUCGGCUCCGGCGCCGGCUUCUACGUCGACGCUACCAAGGCGCCCUACAACAACGGCUACAACAUGUACACCUACGUUACCGAGGAACUGCCCAAGACUGUGUUUGCGGCGUUCCAGCAGAUCGAUGAGGGGCGGGUUAGCAUUACGGGGCAUAGUAUGGGGGGGCAUGGGGCUCUUACUUUGUUCCUGCGCAACCCCGGCAAAUACAAAUCCGUCUCCGCGUUCGCUCCCGUCUCGAACCCGAUUAACUGCCCGUGGGGCCAGAAGGCGUUCAACGGGUACUUUGGCGACGACCAGCAGGCCAAGUGGAAGGAGCAUGAUGCCACUGAGCUUGUGAAGAAGUGGUCUGGUCCGUUGAAUGCGUUGGUUGAUGUCGGAACCGGCGACAACUUCUACAAACAAGGCCAGCUUCUCCCCGAGAACUUCGAAAAGGCUGUGUCGGAGGCUGGCAUUCAGGGCGUGAAUGUGCGGUACCAGCCUGAUUACGAUCACAGUUAUUAUACGAUGGCUUCGUUUGCGGAUGACCAUGUUGAGCAUGCGGCGAAGUUUUUGGCUGCUUAGUGGGUGAUAUUCUUUCUUUCUCAUUGUGUGUACUUUUAUGAUGGAGGGAUUGUCUUGAGAGAUAUAGCAAGCAAAAAUGAUAGAAUGAUUCUGAUGUUGGUUAAGCAGUCCUAGGCUUUAGUCGUUGAUGUUGGUCAAAUCUUAAGAUAGUCUGAAUGAAUGAAUUAUGACAUGGUA